AUGGAUUUGGACCCGCCGCCGCCUUACGAACCUCCGCCUUACGAACCUCCCUCUGACCCUGGCGAUGAUGCCAGCGCUGACUUCAGCACCGACAUCAGUGACAUCAGCGACGAUGUCAGCUUCGACGACAGCGACCCAGGCGUAAACUGGGCGCGCAACCACCUCCUCGAAGCCCGCGCCGCUCUCGCCAGCUACCCUGGAGCCAAGCGCGCCUUGAAGCGGCAGGUGCUCGAAGAACAAGAGAUGAUACGGCUAGGCAUCGACCAUCAUGGACCGCCACCUGCACAUGCUCCGCGGAUCAUCGUGCCACCUUGGAAGGACGGCAGCACGCUCACAGACGUGGUGCCGACUAGUUCGAUCUUUGGGCCAGGAAAUAUCGAGGAAGAGCUGGAUCAAGCUAUUCGUUUUCAGGAGUUCGGAUAUAUGAAUAUGAUGCCUGUUCCGCCCCGUAGGCAAGACCCUCUGAGAGAUGCGUUCGGGGGUGUGCAGACAAUGGCUGUGCGAAAUCCGUCGAUUAAAUGGGGCGCUAUGGUGCCACGACAACAUUUUCCAGGGGCAGAGGUGGAGGGAGUUCUACCCGAAAUGCAGUUGACACCGGAGUUUGUGAUAAUUAAGCGGCAUGUGUGCGGGACACAGUGUCCUGAGGGGUGUCACGAGGGAGGAGGAGUGAGAAGGAAGGGGAAGGGAAAGCCAGUGGUUGAGGUAGGAGAUGUCGAGGGAGGUGAGGCAAUGGAGGGCGUGGUGUCUGCACAUUGGGGCAACGAUGACUUUGAUGAGAGUGGUGAGAGCGGCUCUGAGCACGAACGCCAAGAGAAGUCGCGAAAGCAGCAGGAACUCGAGACAAUAGAGACUUUAGAGCAUUGCACAAUUAUCGAGCGGCAUCGCAGGAAAUGGGCAGCGGAAAUUGGCGCACUGACUUUUAAAGCGCGGAUUAUGAGUGAGAAGCUCCCAUCAAUUAGCCUCAAUACGAAAGAACCAAGCCACGAAUCAGAGAGGGUUUACGAGCCAGCAUUUAUGUUGGCUGGCAAGAUGAUGAAUCGACUGGAUGAUCAGAGAAAGAAGGAAGCCGAGCUUAAGCAGGAGAAGGCGAGGCUAGCAAGAAUACGAAUUGCGAAGUUCCGCGCGGCAAGGGCGGGGCGAGAUACUUCCAAGAUGGGAGAUGAGGCGGGAGAGACCAUGUUCCAGUCGCUGGUGGACAGCGGCAAUCUCGCUGCACCGGAAAACAACACAGGGAACGAGAGUUUUAAUAGCGCCUACGAGAAAUCGCCUACUGGGCGCAACGAUGACGGGGCUCCUGGUCUGGCUCCACGGUCGCCAGACAAGGAAGACGCCGGAGAGAGGCGUAAGCAGGAGAAGUCAAGGCUGGCCAAAAUACGGCUUGCAGAAUGGCGAGCCGCAAUGGCGGAGCAAAAUACCACCAGGAUGGGGGGUAAAGCAGGAGAGGCCGCGUUAAAGUCGAUUGAUGAUAGCCCAGGGCCAAGUGUGGUUACUGAAAACGCCCCGACAAGUGAUUUUGAUGAGGCUAUGCCACUGCAAGACAGCUACCCCACUGUCAAAUCCACUGAGGAGGCAGUAUCCGACCUAGCAGAACAAGAGGACAACAUAUUACAAGAGACAGCUCAAGAAGGGGUCCCCGAAGAGAUACGCAAACUCGAGGCCACUUCUCAAGAGACUACUGCGGAAGAGUCCAUCGCCCAGGCACUCAUCGCCCCAGCUGCGAUUGUCCGGGAUGCAACUACUCCAGACCUUGAUCUUGAAGAAACUCCCAUUUCUGAAUCAGCCCCCAAAGAGAGCACUUCAGUAGAGGCUACACCGGAAGAUGCCACGUCUGAAAAGUCUGCAGCGAAAGAGGCCGCGCCUGAAGAUGCCACGGCUGAAACACCUGCACCUAAAGAGGCCGCGCCUGAAGAUUUGAUCUCUGAAAAAUCCACACCUAAAGAGACUGCGCCUGAAGAUACCACGUCUGGAAAGUCUGCACCGAAAGAGGCCGCGCUUGAAGAUGCCACGGCUGAAACACCUGCAAAGAAAGAGGCUGCGCCUGAAGAUACCAAGUCUGAAAAGUCUGCACCUAAAGAGGCCACGCGUGAGGAGACUACCACUCAAAAUGCUAUGGCUGAGGAAAAUUCAGCCCAAGAAAAUCUUGGUCCAGGACCCAGCCGUAAGAGACCAGCUCCCAAUAAGUCAUCCCUAAAGAGACGCCCAGCCAAGAGACAGUCUAUCCGCGACUCACCAUUUCUAGAUGCUUCAGAACGAGAAUCGCCUUCAACAUGGAUAUUGCAGCGAGAUGGGAGGCUUAUCCGCAAUCCGUUGGAUGGCGCUCCGGGAUAUAGGCGUUGGUCUGAUCCGGAGAUUGAUGCGCCUGUUCCCAUGCCAUUAUCCGAUUCAGAGCCACGCCCUCGGUCCACCACAAUCUCAGAAGGCACGGAGCCUCCGGUGCCACGCUGCUCAGCGGAAGAUACACUUCCAACUGUAGGGGAAGAAGGCCAGAUGACAGAGCACGUCGAAGUAGUUGACGAUAGCCCAGACCUUCCGACGCCUGCUGAGUGGUUCUUGGCGGAUAGAGAGAGCAUGCCCCCGCCGCCCUCACGACGACUUCGCAAACGGUCCAUGGCAGUCUCAGAAGGCUCACAAUAUAAGGGUAAUCUCUGGUCUGCUGACGACAUGUUCCCAAGCCCCGAGAGAUUAUCCCGGGCUGCGAGGCGGUCUUCGUCGGGUGGGGACAGCGACGCCAAUGUCACUUCACUGGCUCCCGCGCGUGCCAGUACGCCCGAACCGCCUCAAAUGUCGCGAGAGCAGAUCCGAAACAGUGCACAUGCAUUGGCAGAUUUGCUUGGGCCUUCUGAAGAAAGAUUUAGGGAUCCUAACAUUGGUAUUAUAGUUGUGAGGACGAACCCUCGGAUGGCAGAUUUGGAAAUGCGUUAUCGGCCUACGCGGGCACCUAGUGUGCUUAGAAUGGAGAUUCUGAUUGAUGAAGAGGCCUUAGAGGCAGAGAACGCGGCAAGACGUGGUCGGGAGGUUGAGGACCUGGAGAGAGGCGUGUUUGCUUCUCGUGUCCCUGAUCCCCCUCGUUAUAAUCUGCGUAGUAGAUCUAGGGCCAGUUCGGACACUCCAUCACCUGCUACGCCGAGCAUCUUCAGUGGUGAGACGUCGGGGAGGAGCACAGAGGCAACUUCAGGUACUGCUACACCAACGCUAUCAGGAGAUUUGACGAGUGAGGCGGUUGCGGCUGACGAGGUGGCUGAAGAUAGAAGCGGAAUGAGGGUUGUGGAGAGGGUCGUGGAUAGGGUUCUGGAGGGGGUUUAUUUGCCGUCCAGCCCGACUUUGGCGGUGGACAGGCUGGUGAUGGAUAGAAGCAGUGCACCGGCAGUAAGCGGGAGCGAGGGGGGGCCUAAUCUGUGGCGGGAAGAGAGCUCGGGGACGGAGGGGAGCAUGGGGAGAGAACGGAGCAUGGGGAGAGAAGGGAGCAUGGAGAGUCUGGGCAGCACUGGAAGAACAAGAAGCAUUGGAAGAGAAGGGAGUAUUGCGAUGGAGGUUGCGGAGACGCUGGGGGGUUUGGCGGUGGAGAGUGUGAGCGAGGAGGGUGAACCGGAGGAGGGAAGUGGAGUGCUAGGCAGGGUCUUGCCUUCGACGGAAGUGCCCGAGGAGGCGAUCGAAGAUGAUGAGGCCGGGGCGCCGUUGACGAAGGUAUCGAGCCAUUCAUCAUCGAACUCGUUGUAAAGUAAGGUGGUUCCGGAAAGUGGCCGUUCCGGGUGAGAUUCUUUUUGUCUUUCAGAGCUGUACAUAUUGGUUUUACCUGGUGUUUUGGUUUUGGGAUAGAGUAUAGAGUAAGUUUUGCACACGAUGGGGUUUGCCGUGCCACAGCGACUGCGCGUCUGUUUAGUAUAUUUGGAAUAGCUAUUGUUGGAUAAAGUGUACUUGGAGCAAGACAGUGAUGCAAUGGG